UAUUCGAAUGAUAGAUUUGACAUUUAGUGUGAUAUCCGCAUGGUAGUGUUUAUGUUUACACCGCAAAACUGAAAUUGAAUUACAUAAAAUUUGUGCAAUCAAUUUACGAAAUGGAAACUGUACGAACGACACCUGGAUUUUGUUCAGAUUGUGGAUCUAUUCUGCCUCUUCUCCGAUCAACCGGUGAUGUUGUUUGUUAUACUUGCAAGAAAUCGUGUCAACCUGAAGAUUAUGGCUCAAUGGAAAUAGAGUACACAAUUGAUUUCAACAUAAACAAAAGGGAAAACAAAAAGAAUGAACCGGUGAAUGAAACCAAUAAACCGGAAAUCGAACGCAAAUGUCCCAAAUGCGGUGAAAAUAAAAUGUCUUAUGCCACUCUACAGUUACGUUCGGCUGAUGAAGGUCAAACAGUUUUCUAUACAUGUACCACUUGCGGAUUCAAUGAAACCGAAAACUCAUAAACAUGGAGCUGAAAAUGUAAAUUUGAUCGGUGGAAAAGCCAAGUAGCAGUUCGACUAACUUGUGUUUCCAUUGUACUUCAUGAAAUGGAUAUUGAAUGUGAUUAUUAUCGGUGAAAGAAUACAGUAAAUACGGCAAUAAAUAAGAAGAUUUUCUACUUA